UAACCCAGGCAUUGGGCGGCCAGGCAGAGACGCUCCCCACCUCCCAGACAGGGCGGCGGCCAGGCAGAGGCUGCAAUCCCAGCACCCUGGGAGGCCAAGGCAGGCGGCUGGGAGGCGGAGGCUGCAGCAAGCCAAGACCACGCCACCGCACUCCAGCCCGAGCAACACCGAGUACCGAAUGAGCGAGCCUCCGUCUGCAGUCCCAGCACCUCGGGAGGGUGAGGCGGGCAGACCACCGGAGUUUAUGUGAAGAACCAGCUCGGUUCGACUCUACAGAUUAAACCAGGGGUUUUCAAUGAAUACAGAACCAUGUGGUUCAAAUCCUACAGGACGACCUUUUCCUGUUUGAACAGAAUAAAGAGUUUCAGGUGGAGUUUCACUUCUGUUGCCCAGGCUGGAGUACAAUGGUGUAAUCUUGGCUCACUGCAACCUCCGCCUCCCAGGUACCCUUGGGCGAGACUGUACAGUACUUCCCAAACCACUGUCGACAGCGGUGAGGUAAAAACCUUCUUGGCCCUGGCUCACAAAUGGUGGGAUGAGCAAGGAGUAUAUGCACCUCUUCAUUCCAUGAAUGACCUGAGGGUGCCAUUUAUUAGGGACAAUCUUCUGAAAACAAUUCCUAAUCACCAGCCAGGAAAACCUUUGUUUGGGAUGAAGAUUCUUGACGUUGGCUGUGGUGGUGGGCUGUUAACUGAACCUCUAGGGCGGCUUGGGGCUUCAGUUAUUGGAAUCGAUCCUGUGGAUGAGAACAUUAAAACAGCACAAUGCCAUAAAUCAUUUGAUCCAGUCCUGGAUAAGAGAAUAGAGUACAGAGUGUGCUCCCUGGAAGAGAUUGUGGAAGAGACUGCAGAAACAUUUGAUGCUGUUGUAGCUUCUGAAGUUGUAGAACAUGUGAUUGAUCUAGAAACAUUUUUACAGUGCUGCUGUCAAGUGUUAAAACCCGGUGGUUCUUUGUUCAUUACUACAAUCAACAAAACACAACUUUCCUAUGCCUUGGGAAUUGUUUUUUCAGAGCAAAUUGCAGGUAUUGUACCAAAAGGUACUCAUACAUGGGAGAAGUUUGUUUCACCUGAAACACUAGAGAGCAUUCUGGAAUCAAAUGGUCUGUCAGUUCAAACGGUGGUAGGAAUGCUCUAUAACCCCUUCUCAGGUUACUGGCAUUGGAGUGAAAAUACCAGCCUUCACUAUGCAGUUCAUGCUGUGAAAUCCAGGGUCCAGGAACACCCAACCUCUGCUGAGUUUGUUUUAAAGGGAGAAACAGAAGAGCUCCAAGCUAAUGCCUGCACCAAUCCAGCUGUACAUGAAGAGCUGAAGAAAUGAAUUGUUUCUGAGGACUAUAGUAAUAUGGCUUGGAUAUCUGAUGUUUUCAAAUACAAGAAAUGUACAAUUUAUCCUUUGAGAGAGAAUCAUAAAGAAAAGAAGGUCAAUAAAAAGGGCUAAAACCUUGGACAAAAGUUUUUGUUAUUUCAUCUAAUAGCUACUUCCAAGGAAUUCUAUGAAUAAAAAGUUUUGUCAAGAUA